AUGGAGUCCCAGGAGUUGUACAGCAGUGAGUGUCACUACACGAAUGGCACUCAGCAGGUGAUGUACCUGGACGGGUUCAUCUGGGACUAGCAGGAGAUCUGUUCCUACAAUAGUAAGGUGGGUUUCUAUGUGGCCUGCAUAGAGCUGGGAUGGGCAAUUGCUGAGUAUUGGAACAGGCUGCAGUGGCUUAGCUGUCUUUUCUUGGGAGAAGAGAAUGACACUGACCUCACUACAACCUCCUGUCAGGCUGUUGUAGAGAGAAAUAAGCUGGUUUGUUCUGCAACAAGGUUUUAUCCUUCUGAAAUGAAGAUCAAGUGGCUCAAAAACAGGCAGGAGGAGAUGGACAAAGUUGUGUACGAGAACUGCCUCCUAGAUGGAGAUUAGUCUUUCCAGAUUCUGGUCACUUUGGAAGUCAUGCCUAAGCAAGGGUUUAUCUAUGCUUGCCAGGUGGAGCAUAUCAGCCUGCCAGUGCCCAUCACCAUGGCCUGGGGUGAGAGGCUGAAGCAGACAGACAGCAACCGCGGCGUCCGGACCAAGAGCACGCUUGUCAAAAAGUGA